GUGAUGGUGGACAGUGUGUGCUGAGACUUGAUAGGAGUAAGAACACCUGUAGGAGCUAUACAAUGAUCCCCAAAGCUAUGAUGGUGGUAAUGGCUGGCCAACUGGUGGUCUCUCUAGCCAACCCUGAAGCUUCACCCUCAGGCGGCUAUGGUGGCUAUGGAGGUGGUUAUCGUGGCUAUGGCGGUGGUUAUCGUGGCUAUGGCGGUGGUUAUGGUGGCUAUGGCGGUGGCGUCUAUGGUGGAUAUGGUCGUGGUGGAUAUGGUGGCUAUGGAAGCAGCUACGGUGGAUUUAGUGGAUUUGGCGGUUUUGGUCGUGGAUUUGGCGGGUUUCGUCGUGGAUUUGGCGGUUAUGGAGGUGGCUAUGGAGGUGGUUAUGGAAGAGGCUACGGCGGUGGCUACGGGUAUGGAGGUGGAUAUGGCUACGGGCGCUGAGGUAAUGUUGAGACAGAGACUCAGUAGUGGUGCAGAGGUAACCUGGGCGUCCGAUUUAAUGUAUUCAAAAUAAAGAAUGACAAAUUUA